AUGGAGGGCGUUAUGAUCAUUCGUGAGGAGGACAUUGGCUUGUACAAAUGUACCAAACGGCAACGCAACAGUGUGGAGAUGGCUACCAGUAUGACAGAUGCUCUAGAACUCAGAGAAGGCCAGGCAGAAGAUAUGUACAACGCUGCUUUCAAGGCACUAUUGGCAUCAUCGAACGAUGAACAAGAUGAGCGUUUCAUCGAGGAUAUGCAAUCUCUCAUGAUUGACAUCAUGAAUGCGCAUUUGCUUCAAAACACUGAUCCUGAGUUGGUGGCCUAUGCAAAGGAGACCGGAGUUGCAUGCAGAGAUGUUGUGGCAAAAUGUGCCACCAAACUUACACAGAUGAAGAGGCGCAAGAAUGCUAACAACGACCAUCAACUGGAAAAGGUGAAGGAGAUCAACAACACAGCAUCCAUUUUUGCUCGUUUGUUCACUGAAUUGUCGGCCAUCGCUCCAAAGGCUGGUGAGUUGGCUAUGUUGAUGAAAACUGUUUGCAAUCCGCCUAUUUCGUUCAAGGUCGGCAAAUUCGCAAAGAUCAAACUAGUGAAGGCUCAAAUCAUGGAUGAUCUCAAGUACAACCGUUAUGAUGACAUCGCAUCCACAGCUGUAUCGGUGUAUGAUGACUUGGAAGCAGAAGAUCAUGCUUUCUACUCAAAGCAUCUUGGUUUGAUCAUCGAACAAAUCAUUCAGAAGCUGUUCAGAACCAUACCCACACAUCAAUGCAAGCUCAGCAGUCCGGGUGUGCAGAACAUCAGGCAAUUCAUUACAUCAUUGCUCGAUCGGAAGGAUAUGCCACUUCAGGAAAUGCAUCGGAAACAAAUGAGCAACAUCCUUAUGGUCCUCAAACAUGAUGACAAAACCAUUUUGCCCAGCGAUGUUCUGGAAUCAAUCAAAUCGAUUUUGGAGUGCAGUGGAGAAUCUCCGGAUGAACGCAUGUAUCAUACUGUACUGACCCUACCCCAGGGAGAGAAUCUUCUGAAUGAGUCCCAAGCCUUAGCAAAACGACGCAUGGCCUCUGAAUCUUCUCUACUGGAGUUGGGAGAGGUUUCCAAGGAGAUCAAUGAUCUUGAGACAGCGGGUGAAAGCAACAAUGUUGAUGUUGAGAAGUUGGUGCUGUUGUGGACUCGUACCAACAAGCUUCAGAACGACCUCAAAGACAAACCAGAGAUAUCCAAUGUAUCUCAGUUGUUGGAGAAACUGGCUGGGCUAGGGGAGGCUGCGAUCAACAUCCAUGUGGCUUCCGAGUUCACAUCGUUCAUCAACAGCCAAGUGGUCCACUCCAAGAACAAUAUGAAAUGCUUGCAAAUACCAGGUUGGAAGGUCCUUGCCCUGCGGCCACAUCUGCCCAAUCAUGAUGUGUUCAGGCACCAUGAGACUUUGCAGAGUUGUUGCAAUGCUUUGGAUGUUUCCAAGCAACGUGUCGAUGGCGGUGAUGACUCUACAAACUCCAAUCUCAGUUUGAAGAAGUCACACAGUUUGAUGGAUGCCUGGACAAAUACUCACAAUCAGAUCACCAAUGUCUACAAGGACAAUACCACUUUGAUUGAAGCUUUAUUCAAUUUCAAAGAGCACUUCUUCCAUGUGAUGCAGAACGGUUUCAACGACAAGGCCCACACGCUGGAGGUGACACUUCAGGCUUCGCUUCACAAGAGCAUGGAUGAAGCUCCAGCCACUUCAGACCAAAGUUGGAACAGUAUGCGCAUCGCCCUGGACGACUACAUGAGACUGUCCACUGCCGAAGUCUUUGAUGCGGAUCAGAAAGCUUCAAUGUCCAAGUUCAAAGAGAACGAAGAGUGCAUGAAGAUUUCUACCAAGCCCUCCAAGGAAACUUCAGAUGCUCUCACAGCCUUGGCCAAUUUGAAAUCAGCUCUGGAGAAGGCCAAAGCUCAUGACCACCUUGUCAAGUCAUUGGAAGAAAUUGGAGUUUGUCGCGAUAUCCCGGCCACAAUUGACCAAGUGGAGUCAUCGUAUCAUUUGUGGGUUGGGCAGUUGCAGAAGAAAAUCCAAGACUAUGCCAACAACAUGGUCAAGAGUUUGAAGGGGUUGAAGCUGCCACAGUAUGAUGCAACCAUGUCCGCUGCUGAUGCUUCCAAGGAGAUGCUGAAGUGUCAAUGUUUGCCAUCCGCUACCGAUCUGAUUGCCAAACUCAAGAGCUUUGUUGCGGCAGCCAAAACAACCGGUGACAUGGCUACAGUCUCCAUUGAUCUUGCAGAUGCACAAUCAACUUUGGCAGAUGGCAAGAACUUUGUCUACACGUACACUUUGCUGACAAUUCUGCAAUCGCAAACUUGGAAAAGUGUGACUCCAGAAUCUGCAAAGAAGAGUGAGAGCCGUUUUGCUGAGAUUGUCAAGAACUUGCAAUACACCUUGAAUACAGCAUCCAGUGAGGGCGUGGUGUUCCCAGGAGAACUACAGUCACAAGCUUCCGACAAACUCAAGCAGGCAGGUGUGUCGGUCUGA